AUUUUUUACUCUUUCUAUUUCAUUUCAAUGUCAAGUCAAGUCAGUCGUCAGAGGAGAUAAAAUUGUAUUAUUUUUUAAAAGAAACCAGUAAAUAUACAUUUAAUAUGUAAAUAAAACUUAUUAUUGAAAAAUUUCUUUCUAAAACAAUAAAAAAUGGCAUCUAUAGAACUUCCAUACGAGGUUCUGGUCUACCUUUUUAAAUAUCUACUGCAUGCAGAUAGAAAAUCAGCAAGUGAAACAUGCAGAUCUUGGUAUUUGGCUGCAAAUGAUCAUUGUUUUUUAAAAGAAAAGGUGCUUGUGUUUUACAAAGCAGAUUUUAAUGGAGAAAUUACACCAAUUCCAGCUAUUGAAGAUUCAAUUAUACCAUAUGAAAAUUUUGUAUUCAGUGAAGUAGAAAUAUCAAGCAAAAUGAAUACUUUCUGGGAUAAAAUGGGGGAGAAUAUAAAGACUUUAACUAUAAGGAAGUGUGAUAUUCAUGAAAAAACUAUGAACUAUAUCUUGCAAAAGUGUACCAAUCUGGAGAAAUUGAGCAUACAAAGCUGUAAGGAACUAUUUAUGUCUGGAUGCUUAUUUGAAAAGGCAGAAGACUGGCUGAUUGAUAGUUUUAAAAACUUAAAAAGUAUAAAUCUAUCAGAAAACAAGUACCUUACUGAUGCAUUAUUUUAUAGAAUUGUCAAAGCUGCUCCAGAACUAAAUGAUUUGUGUUUAUCAUCAUGCAAUUUGCAAUUUCACGUUGGCUUCAUUAGAAAGUUUUAUCCAAAUACAAACAAUAUUUUUGAAAAUCCUUCUGAAAGUGUUCUUACAUUAUAUUUUGUGAUGCAAUUCAUAGCUUCCAGAGCAAAAAAAAUUCGAAGUUUGGUGUUUUCUAAUACACUAUUUGAUGGAGCUGCAUUAGAAUCUUUAGCUCAAAUUGAAGACCUAAAACUGGACUCUUUAGAGUUGCAGUCCUGUGAUCAGCUCACAAACACAGGAAUCAUGGCACUCACAAAAUACCAGCAAACACUGAGGGAGCUUAAUAUAGCUCUGUGCACCAGGGUCACUGACCUGUCCCUCAGAUAUAUUUGUAAUAAUCUGGUCAAUUUGGAAUACCUAAACAUACGGAGGUGUAGAGCAGUUACAAAUUUAGGAUUAUCAGAAUUGCACAAGUUAAAUAAGUUGAAAAGAUUAAACAUUGCCCAGUGUGAACUUAUUAGUGAAGAAGGAAUUGAGUACGGUAUAUGCCAAAAAGUAAACUUAAUCUUGGAAGAAUUAGACUUAAAUUCUCUAAAUCUACACCAAAAUGUUGCCAUAAUGAUCUCUGAAAAACUACCUAACUUGAGAUACCUCGAUUUAAGUUACUGUUUCAAUGCUGUAACAGAUAUGUCAAUACAAAAGAUUUUUAAGAACCAAGUGCAUUUGCGGACACUAAAACUGACUUACUGCGAUAGAGUUUCUGAUGCUGGUUUUUCUGGUAUCGGUAAACUGGAAAUAAACAUCGACAGUGAUGGACCUGCUACAUCAAAUUACAGUGAAAAUCAUCCAACCAAUAGAAUACAUUUGGGUUCAAGAGCAGAAGAAGAGAUCAUACGUGAUGCGCGUAGAAAGCGUGAUGUCAUGAAUAUAUGUAAAAAGAUGACUUUUUACCCUUUACCUUCCUACACUGGAUACUCCUUGGGUCGGCUGAAGUCGCUCAGGGAACUUAACCUAAGUUCCUGCAACCGAUUGACUGAUGUCAGCCUCACAUACGCUUUUAUGUUCAAGGAGCUCAGAAUCUUAGAUCUUAGUAGAUGCCAACAAAUCACUGUUGAUGGUAUAAUACAUCUAGUCAUAAAUUGUCCAAGUAUUGAGUAUCUUAAUUUAACAGAUUGUUACAAUUUAAAAGAUGAUGCCGUGGUAGAAAUAGUCCAAGGACUCAAAAGAUUGCAAAAUCUUAUUUUGAGAGGUUGCAAUCAUAUUACAGACAAGUCAUUGGAAGCAAUAAUGGACCAUUGCAAAGUCCUCCGAGUGUUGGACAUCCAAGGUUGUCGUUGCGUCUCAGUGGAACUGGCCUGCAACAUCGCUGUGCCAUCCAUUCACACGGUUCUGAUGUCAAAACCAGGAGUGGUUUACUUCAAGGAUGGAGUAAAGGACCGUGUCCCGAUACCACCAACCCUGCCCUCUUUAUUUAGGAAACUAAGAUAUUAAAUUCCUCUGUAUGCAUUUUACUGCAUUUAACGGUAUACUAAAGCCAAGCUUGAUGUGUUGAGUUUAUCAUAAAUUUAAUCAUUAUCUACCCAUUUUGGUUUCAGCUCACUGCUGAGCUUGAGUCUCCUCUCAGAAAACCACGCUAGCCCAAUACGGAUUUGCAGACUUCACACACGCAUAUAAGAAAAUUCUCUAGGAGAUUUCCUCACGAUGUUUUCCUUCACCUUUUGAGACACGUGAUAUAUAAAUUCUUAAAAUUCACACAACUGAAAAGUUGGAGGUGCAUCCCCCAGACCGGAUUCGAACCCACCCUCCGGAAUCGAACAUAGAGGUCCAAUGGGUUAUCACGGCUCUCAUUCUGAGAGGAGACUCAAGCUCAGAAGUGAGCCGAAUAUGGGUUGAUAAUGAUGAUGAUGAUGAUCAACAAUCAAAUUAAAAAUGAAGAUAGAAAAUCGUUUCAUAUCUAAUAUAUUUAAAAUUAUGUAGGUAGGUAUUGUUUUUUUUUAUAAAAUUUUUGUCCAAAGAUACUUUAACUAUAUGCAAUUGUUAUAAGCUUAUUAAUCUUUAUUGACAUUAAUUUAGGAAUAAGUCAAUUAAAAUUAUUAUUAGAUGCAAAAUGAGUAGCGAUUUAAUCAUUUUUAAUUUGUUGAUACAAAUUCCACAUCGAGCAUCGCUUUAAUUUAGUACAGAAGCUUAUGUAAAUAAUACAGUACAAAAAGAAAAGUUACAGAAUUAUUAUCGCAACAAAUAAAAUUAACUAGUACCUACCCAGUAUUAUAAGUGAUGUGAUGUGAUUAGAACAUGAUUAACAUAACAACUUGUUUUUUUUUCAUAAUCAGAGAAACUCUACCUUUCCAGAUUUUCCUAGACAUCGUUGUCAUUCUUGUCAUUAUUCUAUCUCGUGGGCGUCACAGGGUUACGUGCAAGCACAAACAAGAUAGUAGUACACACCAGCGGCGAAGAGUCCAUAGAGGCCGAUUCCCGCCGGGUUACUUUUUAAGAAUCCAUACAUACAUAUACAUUCUUGUAAUGAAUAUACAUCCUUUUCUUUGGGACGGCUUACCUUCGUCAAUAUUCCAUCCUUCGCCACUGGUACACACAGAUUUAUUGUAUUUUCACAAUAGAUAUAGUAAUUCAUGCACUUUUGAUUAAUUUCUGAGCAGCGAGUUCGCGACACUACUCUUUACACAUUUCCAAUAUAUUUCUCAAUCCUCAAUCAAUAGUGCCCAGUAGUAUAAGUAUCAUUAUGUGAUUAGAACAUGAUUAACAUAACAACUUGUUUUUUUUCAUUAUUUAAUAUAUACGUAUGUAGUUAUGUACGGAACCUCAAAUAUAGGUACUACCUAAUA